AUAGCAACGACGGGCAUAAAAGCGCGCUAAAACUUGGCACGGCGGUAGUUGCUUGGAAAACACGAUACAAUGGAAACUCGAAAAAUGGAUUCUAGUAGCGAGCAUAGUGAACAAGAAGACGCUUUGAAAAGAUGUCGAUGGUUAAGAAUAAACUGGAAUUGGUUCAAAGUGGGAAGCUCGAAAUUUGGGAUCCAAAUUCGCUUAAAUCCAGUCGUGACUCUGCUCUCGGCGUUGGUUAUCUGGGGUUUUGUCGUCUUCUGUGUUUUGCUGCCAGAAUUCGCGAAUAAGCAGAUGGCCGAGUGGAAAUCAUGGAUCACUCAGACCUUCACAUGGAUGUACAUUGGUACCCAAGAUGCCUGGGCUGUUUUUAUCAUCGCCCUGUACUUUUCCAAAUACGGCACGAUGAAACUGGGAAAACCGGAUGAAAAACCUGAAUUCAAAGACGCGACAUACUUCACCAUGCUGUUUGCCGCUGGCAUAGGAAUCGGCCUAUUCUACUUUGGAGUUGGUAAGUUGAUCACCUUUGCGUGAAUUUCGAUUGCUUUUCGUCUUUUAGGAAACAAAGUCGCGCUCAGCCACGGAUAAACCAUUCACCUGAAGUGUGUGUAAGCUUAUAAUGAUAUGCAGUUCUACCAUUUUCGUGCGUGUUACAUGGGUAAAGAUUUCUUGAGUUUAAGUAAAUAAAGAAUGAACAAAUUCCAAAGUUAGGGAAUUUUAACUCUGUAGAUUAAAUCCCGGCGCUUUUUAAAGCAUUUCUAACAUAAAAUUACGAUUUUUUCGGUAACCACAUGUUCAGUAAAAUCACUAGCAAGUAAAAGUACUUUCCCGCUGAUAGAGUAAAAUUACGGAGACGCGUCACGCAUGGGUACACCCGCCCAUCAAUCAAACGUCAUACCGCCUUUGAUUUUUCCGCGAUUUACCCGCAUGAAUGAAAAACGCGCGCUUUUUAUGCAAAUUUCUUUCAGUGAUUUUACGAGCGGACACGUGGAAAUAUAUUAUUUAUAUUUCGUUUUCGCAGCGAAUAGUAUAACGAGAAAUGAAAGCUGUAAAAAGUAGAGGUGUUAGAUUGCCGUUAGUUAAAAAGGUUUCAAACAGGUCCUUCUUAAUUUUUGCUCAAGACGCGUCUGACUAAAAUAAGACAAUUUUUCAAUGUUUACAUCCUUUUGAAUGAAUUCGAUUUCUUAUUCGGUGGCGUUUAGGUACAAAACCUUUAAAGAAAAUAUUAUUUAUUCUCUGCUAACUUACUUAGCGCCUUUCGCAUUCAUACAAAAAUACCUGCUUGAUAUAAAAAUAUGUGCUUGUCACUCUUCAGUUUCUUGUUUCAGAGCAACAUUUUUUCAGUGUUCCACGUGCAUUUCGGUUUCUGAGAACUGAAUGAUAAUCACGUCCGCGCCCAAACGCAUAAUAUACCGCAUUUCUUCUGGGGAAAAGCAUUCAAGGCAUUUCCUUGAGGAAAUGAUCACCACUUUAAAUAAAAUAGCAUAUUAGUCCUAAGAAAAUAGCGUGCAUGUCAUGGAUCACGAAUUUUUUUCAUUUUAUUUAAUUAAAGUCCGUCAUAAAAUUAAACGUUGACCGUUUUUGUUAUUUUUUGUCGCCGCCUUUGCUUUCGUUUUUCUACACCGCUUUUAAAAGGUUUUAACAACCACAACCAUUUUUAACUUGCGGACAAAAAUUUUCGUGGUAUUCAGGAGUUCCAUUGUGUAUGUCUGCAUUAUUUGCAUAAGAUAUUUGCACAAGCUGCUGUCAAAUUAUCGACUGCAACUUGAGGUAACUACAAAUUAGGCCUCAGCAGCAGUUUCCUGCAGUCCUAAACUUGGUAUAAUAGAAUAAUCAGUUCCCAUGAAAUUUCUGUUUUAAAAAAAUGAUUGACAAACUUGAUACAAUAUUGUGUUACAGACAUGCUGAGAGGGUUCAUCAUAUUGCAUAUUUCCUUGCUUACCUUUUUUAACUACAAUAGGUUUAUAGUUCAUGUAUGCUGGAGCCUAACUACAUCAGAAAUGCUGUUUUUUCUGCUUGUCCAAAAAUUUGAAAAAGAAGUCGUAGUCUAAACCACAGUGGUUAAGCUAAGUUUAAAAAACUGAAACCUUUUUGUCAGUCAAAUAUUCUUUGAUACUGGUCAAAUUCAUCUUAUUGAUUUGAAAUAUCAUUGGAUGAUUCAAUGGUUUUUUUUUGGCUGGGAACAUCUACAAUAGUUGUCAUAAUUCCACCUGACCAUGAUAUUAUUUGUUAUAAAUAUAGAACCUGUAUGUCCUAUUCUUGUGACAUACAUGUAUUUGUGUCAGUUUUAGCAUUUUUUGAUCAGAAUUAAAAUUCAAAGCAAUACCAGUUCUACUUAUGUAUAUUAUUAAGGAAAUAUUUGUAUAAUAAUUUCACUACUGAGAGUACAAGGUACAAAUCUUUGAUGUCGUGUGAAGUCAUGUGAGUAAAAAAUCCAGCUAAUGAUUAACUCUGUAAUUCCUUGCAGCUGAACCUGUGUGGCAUUAUGCUCCUGGUCACUAUGGAAACCGAUUUUUUGACAGGUACGUGAUGAUAACGCCCAGCUCAAUUAAACUUGAUACUUUAAAGUCCCCAAGCUUUUCUUCAGAUUUUAAGAAAGGGACAAAGGUGUGCAUCUUCUUCAAUUCACAUCUUCAUGUGUUAUGUUUAGUGUUAAAUAUUCUCAUUAUAUAAUGUAUCGUGCUUGUCCAACUUUAUCAGGUGCACCAGACGACCAAAGUUAUGAUUUCAAAUAUGUCAAAGUGUUUCAAAUGCUUUUCUCUGCUAUUUAGAGUGCUGUUUUCUUAAUAUUUGGUGCUGCCCUUGAACCUAAAUUAUCUGUUUGGUAUCUUAAGGGUAACUGAUGGGUCCUAUCAAAAGUUUGAGGAGAUGGGUCGCUGUACUUUUAUAAGAAAAUUCUACACAGUAAUAAAAGCUAUGGCCGGGGCACCCAACAACUUUUUUCCUUAAAACAACUGUUUGAAGGAACAAGUACCCCGGCGGGUUACUUCCAUGUAAAAGUGACGGGGGUGCUCAUCGGAAAAAAGGUAAAAGGUACCAGAAUUUUGUUAUAUGAGCAUGUCCCAAAUUCAUUUCCACCUCUAAGAGGUACCAAUUCAACAACAACAAAUUAUAUAACUGGCACUGCAAAUUUUAAUAGUAACAAGAAUCACUUCGUAAAUUUUACCGGGGCCACUUUUGUCUUGGCAACCCACGUGGAAGGGUCUUUUUCAUCAACAAGUUUGUCGGGCGACAUGAAAAUCUUUUUUCUUGCAAAUAUUCUUUAGAGAUGAAAACAAGGUGUGAUGAAUAAUGUGAAAAGAGAAAAUGUUAGGGAAUCCCCCAUUUUGAACAGUUGAGAGUUUUCCCAUGUCGCUAACGUAAAUAUUGCAUGACAAAGGUUAUGUGAAACAGUCUUUUUUUUGGUUUUUCAUUAGUUAAAGCAGUGAUAGACUUUCUUGUAAUGAGUCUUAAUUAUUUGUCGGCCAAUAUUUGACGAAGUUUCCUGUAGCGAGUGCGAAUUGUAAGGUAUUGAAACGCACAAACAAAGUUUCGCGCAAGCAAGUUUAAUAAGUUAAGAUUUUUGUUUUGUCGUGUGUAAGCUUUGUCAUUGUUGGGAUGAAUACUGUAACAAUAUUUUUCAAUACACAGGGAUCUCAUUUAUUGAUAAGUAGCAAAAAUAGUCGCAUUAAUCAUUCCGUUCCAAGACUAAUCGAAUUUAUAUUCGGCCCUAAGCCUAUUUAAUGAAUAACUAAUUAUCUCUGAAUUAUUUCAAUAUACUUCUAAAUCACAAAGGUAAACAAUUAUGUCCAGUCAACUCCCAAUCCUAGGCUGUCAAGUUACGCAGUUUUUCUCACGUGUUCAGAUCGAUUACAUAAUAAUAAGAUAUUUCUUAGCAACAAGAAUCCAGAGUAGCUAAGAAUACCAAGGAGAAAAACAUAAAAAUUCUACAUCAACGUGUAAUGAAUAAUGUGAAAAGACAAAAUGUUAGGGAAUCCCGCAUUUUGAACAGUUGAGAAUUUGCGCAUCUCGCCAACGUAAAUAUUGCGUGACAAGGGUUAUUUGAAAAUAUUUUGUUUUGUUGCUUCAUAAGUCAAAGUAGUGAUAGACUUCCUCCUAAUGAGUUUAAAUUGUUUGUCGGAAAAUAUUUGACGAAGUUUCCUGUUGGGAGUGCGAAUUGUAAGGUAUUCAAACGCAUAAACAAAGCUUGGUGCAUGCAAGUUUAAUAAGUUAAGAUUUUUGCUUUAUCGUAGUGUACACAGUUCUACGUCGACCAAGCUUUGUCAUUGCAAGGAUGAAUACUGUAACAAUAUUUUGCAAUAGACAGGGAUCUCAUUUAUUGAUAAGUGGUAAAUAUAGUCGCAUUAAACCAUUCCGUGUGCAAACUAAUCGAAUUAAUAUUUACAUGGUUACAGUUGUUGCUCGUUACUUCAAAUUUCUGAACCAGCGAUAUAUCUCAGCGAACACUCCCAAAAGUAACGAGCCAGCGAUAUAUCUCAGUCAGCGAUAUAUCCCUAACAAUGUAACUUUGAAAACACAGAAACGCGUUGCAUUUUAUGACCGGUGCCAGCCUUCGGCUAGGCCCCGGUAAUAAAGAUAACUUUUGAGCACUUGCUUCUCAAGGACUUUUUGAAAGGAUUGUCAUGAAUCUUUAUCCUAAUAAAGCAUUUCAGCAGUCAUUUUAGUUUAGCACCCUAAUUACAAGCGGUACCGAUUCACAAAUUUAAACCCCUAAAAGGUAUGACGAGCACCCCCGUCACUUUUAUAGAGGAGUACCCCCCCUUAGACAUUAGUCUUAAGUUCAGAUGAUAAAUUUGAGUCGUUACUGAGGGAGUAAAAGAAAGCUAUGAAAGAGUAGCGCUAUAUAAAUUAUUACUAUUUGUUAAAAACAACUCAAAGUAAUUGUCUGAAAUUCAGGCUGCAAAUACACAUAUUUCCUAGAAAUUUUUAAAGCUCAAGAAAAGCUAAAAAUUCCUGGACAACCAUGAAAUUCCAUUUGAAUUGUCUAAGAUAUUCAGAGUUUUUCUACUAGCUUACCUAUGAUUUUCUGGGGUUGUGGUCUUCAAAUUCUUAGGCUACACUAUAAACAGUGGUACUGGCUUGUUAUAUUUCUUAUUUGUCCCAUUUACACCAUGCAAAACUGUUUUAAAUCUGUUUAGGUAAACACAGUUUGAAGUUGUGCACAGAUAGAGCCAAACUUCAAGUUAUGAGGACAAAACCUUAACAUAGAAGUCCCUGUCUAUAAAAUACAAGCAAUCAGUUUUUCUUUUUAUCAAACUUGGUUUUGCUACACCUGUUUUAUUCUACAACUUUAAGUGAGAAGGGGCUGCAGAGACCAAAUAAAUAAAAUUAGUUUUCUCAUUGGUCAUGCUCCAAUACUGAAAAAAGUAAUUUUGAACAUGCCACAUAGUUCUAUGAACUUCUGAUAGCUUAUGUACUCACAUCUCUCUUUCUUUAUAUAGGUAUACCGAUAACCAACGCGCCCAAGACUCUAUCAACCUGACCUUGUUUCACUGGGGUAUCCACGGAUGGAUUGUAUACGUUGUGGUUGGUCUUCUCCUGGCCUUUGUUGGUUACAGACAGGGACUUCCCAUGACCAUGAGAUCCUGCUUGUACCCUUUGAUUGGCGAUAAGAUUUACGGAUGGAUGGGUGAUAUGACCGACACUGUAUCGGUAGUCUGCACCAUGUUUGGCGUUUGUACCAGCCUGGGUAUCGGAGUCAUGCAACUGAACGCUGGCGUUCAUCGCUUAAAUGACAGCUUUGAGAUCAGCACCACCAACCAGAUUAUCAUCAUCUGGUGUGUAACAGCCUGCGCAACUGUUUCUGUAGUGAGCGGCUUGAAGGUUGGGAUCCGACGUUUAAGUGAGAUCUGUUUCACCCUGGGUCUCUUUAUCAUGUUGAUGGUGUUUUUCCUGGAUGAUCCCUGGCACUCCCUGAAUGUGCUUGUUCAGAGCACUGGCUAUUACUUGCAGACGGUCAUACAACUUGGUUUCCACACUGAUGCUUUUGCGCAAUUGGGAAAUGCUCCAGAUGGUAAGGAAGCACCUAACUGGAUGGACGACUGGACCAUUUUUUACUGGGGCUGGUGGAUCGCCUGGUCUCCGUUCGUUGGCAUGUUCAUUGCAAAGAUCUCAAGAGGAAGAACCAUCAGACAGUUUAUCAACGCCACCUUGACAGCACCAGUGGGAUUUUCAAUCCUGUGGUUCAGCAUUUUUGGAGGAGUGGGCCUGAGAAUGGAACGAAAUGCAGAGCUUGCUAACAUAACUUGCUCUUCAGUGUUAGGUGGAGGUGAAGCAAAAGAGUCUUUCGAAGGUUUGUACCGACUGUCCUGUCGUGGCAAGACAGACAUGUGGUUUGACGUGAUGGAGUCAUACGUAGGCCUAGGCACUGUCCUUUCCGUUCUCUCCCUGGUAAGCAUAGUCCUUUAUUUCGUCACCAGCUCUGACAGUGGGUCCCUUGUGAUAGACUGCCUCUCUGCCAAUGGUGAUCCCGAGCCGCCCGUCCUACAACGCAUUUUCUGGGCACUCACAGAAGGUGCGACAGCUACCGCUCUCCUGUACGCUGGAGGCAAAGACGCACUGAUAGCCCUGCAGACAGUCUCAAUAGCAUCUGGCGUUCCCUACACGAUCAUAUUGUGUUUUAUGUGUGUAGCGCUGUGGAGAGCUGUCAAGAUCGAAGCCGGAGACCUUGACAUACGCGGCCCACAGUUCACCACUGGCCUCCUUGAUGUGCUAAGCACACCAACAAUAGAGAGUGUUUCGAAAGUUUCCCUGAGUGUUGUGGCUCCAUGGUACUUUAUGGGCGUAGCGGCUGGAGAGGUGGACAAAGGAAACAGACGGACAUGGAUCCAUAUGCUGAUUCUCGCAGUACCUUUUUAUGGGGCGAAGGCUCUGUUUGCCAUGGGAUUUUUUCAGCCUAAUUUGAAAUACGUUGGACUGUCCGUCCUGUUUGGUUUCUUUGCCUAUGCCACAAGUGUACGUAACUCCAUCCGCGAGAAACACGGCAUCAAUGGAAACAUGGUGGAGGAUUUCUUUGCUGUGUCUUGCCUAUAUCCAUUUGCUGCCUACCAAAUGGAAACCCACAUGCGAAACUACGAACCGAGGAACGCUGCAGUUGAAGAACUUCAAGUUGAGAGCGGAAAAGCGGCGUCUGAGUGCUCUUCACAUAGUAGCUCUGAGUGCUGUUGUAUCCCGUUAGGAGAGAUGGACAAAUUACUUUAUGAUCCAGACGCGAAAAAUACAAACGUUUGAUUCAUCAUAUCAAAUAGAAAAAUGAACGUUAUUUAAAGGACGUUAGUGUUAAUUUAAUUAGAAGUUUGAUAUUUUAUUAUGGACGUUAAGUUUCUAAAUUAAAGUAAGAUGUUUAGGUAUUAAGACAUUUGUAAUUUAAUAAAUAAGAACAUUGUUAUGUUUUGAGACGGAAUGUUAGUCUAGUGGAGUGGCACACUAGACUUUUAACUCCCCUGUUGUUUUUUCGAGCGCUGACCCGGUUUCCUAAAGCAACGAUCAGGUGCCAAGUUUUCUACAUUUACACCUGUAUCCAAAACUUGCAAAAUCCUAAACAGGACAGCAAAUCUGAAACUGUAAGAUAAGUGGUUUCUUGUCCCUUUCUGGAUCAUACUUCUCAUAAGGGUUUGAUCUGUACUCUCGUUAAUCCGCCGUCGGCCUAGUUAUCCGUAUUACUGUGCAAGGAAAUCCUGGAAAACAAAGAGAGUUGUCACAGAAAAUCGCACUUCACUGCUUUAUGCAACCGGAACUGGGCCUGUUUCAAGGAACUUCUCAACACGCUUAUCAAUUCACGCAUGUGUAAAUAGUACCAGCAGUCAUCGAUAAUCCGAGGGGGGAAUUUGUGAUCGAGCUAUCUAAUUCACUAGUAAUGGCCUAUGCAUGCUACAGUAAGAUUUACCAAUCAGAGGGUAACCCUAGAUAUGGCUUCUAGAGAGUUGCGCAACCCGCAAAGGUUUGGUUUUCAGCCUGUACUUAAUAUCAACCAUAGCUUGGGCCGGGAAUACCGUUGUCGUCGAUUUAAGUCGCUGACCAUUUACUGACUAUACCCUUCUAACCAAACUUAAAUUGACUACCUCUCGCCUAGGUACGAAAAACAGAUUCAAGUCUGGCACUUGUGGUUUGCUAGGCUUGUCGAUAAUAGUUAUUACUCCUAUGCGCAGCACCAGG